AUGCCUUCCUUUUCUAAGCCCUUCACUCCUCCCUCCUCUGUUCUCAUCAUCGGCUCUGGCGUUUUCGGCCUGGCCACCGCCCUCUCACUUUGUCGCCGCGAUGCCUUCAAAGAUUGCUCCAUAACUGUCAUCGACCGAUCAGAUCCUUCUCAGCCGGGCGCUUAUCCUGCCCCAGAUGCCGCCAGCGUCGACACCAACCGCAUCAUUAGAGCAGACUAUGCCGAUCCGGACUAUGCUGCCCUGUGUGAUGAGGCUCAGGCCGAAUGGCGGAAGCAGGAGAAGCCCACUGACCUUGGUGCCCAAGGGAGGUACAACGAGGUCGGUCUGCUGCUGGUCGCUGACGCUUUAUCGUCAACGCCUACAGGCGCGCAGGAGUGCCAGGACGGUCAUAAGCCCAAGCUGACGGGAAUGGACUAUGUCCGUGAGAGUUGGGCCAAUGUCACCCGUCUGGCCUCCAAAGAUCCCACCCUUGCAGCCCGAAUCAAGGAACUGCCCAAUCCCACUGCCAUUCGCGAUGCUUUGGGAACGGGCGGCAGCUCGGGAGACUGGGGCUACCUCAACCUGAAUAGCGGUUGGGGCAAUGCUGGAGCUUCCAUGCAGUGGCACUACGAGAAGGCCCAACAAACUGGGCGUAUCAAGUUUGUCGCUGGCACGGUUGUGUCUUUGGAGCACAACGACACGACCGUCACCGGCGCCCGCCUUUCCGAUGGUACCGUCCUUUCUGCUGACCUUGUGGUUGUCGCGGCUGGUGCCUGGACAGGAGGCCUUGUCGACCUUUCAGGCCAAGCCGCCGCCACCGGCCAAGCCGUGGCCUACAUCGACCUCACCGAAGAGGAGCAACAAAAGCUCUCAAAGAUGCCUGUCAUUCUCAACCUCACCACCGGCCUUUUCAUCUUUCCUCCCGUCAACUGCGUUCUUAAGGUCGCUCGCCAUGCCUACGGCUAUCUGAACCCGACGAUUCCUGUUCAUCCACCUCUCCCUCUUCGCCCCUCUUCAAUUCCUUCAUCAGCCCCUGUGUCUCUCCCGUUCACCAGCGCCAACGAUCCGAACCUCGAGAUUCCUGCUGAGGGCGCUGCUGACCUUCGCCGUGCCCUGCGCGAGAUGAUUCCGUGGCCCGACUUACGCGAUCGCCCUUUCACGAAGACUCGUAUCUGUUGGUAUUCAGACACCCCGACUGGCGACUUCAUCGUCGACUAUCACCCGUACUGGAAGGGUUUGUUUGUGGCAACAGGCGACAGCGGCCAUGCAUUCAAAUUCCUUCCCGUCAUUGGGGAAAAGGUGGCCGAUUGCAUCAUGGGCCAGUGCCCGCCCCAGUUCAAAGAGAAGUGGGCAUGGAAGAUCAAGGACGAAAGUCAGAUUAUGCCCGCUCUGAGUGUGGUUACGGAGGACGGCAGCAGAGGAGGCGUGGCUGGUCUUAUCCUGGUUGAGGAGCUGGCCAAGUCGACUACUGCCUAA